CGUCCCAGUCGAGCACACGCCUGCAAGAGGCCCACACCCGCGGGCUGCGCGACCUCCUCGCGCGCCUGGGACUAUCCAAUGCCUCCUGCAGCUGCACGCCAAAAAGUAGGGCUGGUCACCGUUGCUGUUGUGUUGACGGAACAGCCGCUCGGCGCGGAGCAGUGGCUAGCUGCGCAUUGCUGAGUUGCGCACCGGGACGCCAUGGAGCAGUUCAAGCUCCUCAUGCUCGUGCUCGGUGCGUGCCUAGCCGCCGCACCAAGGGUGGCGAGCUUGCCGCAGCAGGUCAACAUCGGAGGUCUUUUUGAGUCCACGGAGCACGAUGUUGGGAUCGCCUUCGCCCGCGCCGUGGCUUCUGUCAACGCCGAUGACUCGAUCCUGCCAGAUGUGGAGCUUGUUGCGAAGCCAAUCCAGGUUCCACAGUGGGACAGCUUUUACACGGCCAAAAUGGUCUGCGAGCUGAUGUCAGGGGGGCUGGCGGGCAUCUUCGGGCCCAGCUCGGCGUCUACCGCCCCGCAGGUGCAGGCCGUGUGCGACACGAUGGAGGUCCCGCACAUCCAGACGCUCUUCAACCCUUACCUCAACAGGGAGACGUGUUCCAUCAACCUGCACCCACACCACACCACUUUCGCCGAGAUCCUCGUACGACUGGUGGACGUGUACGAGUGGAAGGACUUCACCAUUCUCUACGAGGACGAUGACAGCCUAGUGAGAGUCACCCGGCUGCUGGAGAAGUACGACCCCAGAGGCCCCACUGUCACCGUGCGUCAACUUACUCCCGAUGACAUGAAACCGGUCUUCAGGAAACUCCUCCACGAUAAUGUCAAGAACAUCAUAAUAGACUGCAAUAUCAACACGCUGAGGGACGCGUUGGCUCAGGCGCAGCAAAUUGGCGUCAUGGGCAAGAACUUCAACUACAUCAUCACGAAUUUGGACUUCCAUACUCUAGACCUGGAGCCCUACCGGUACUCCGGCACCAACAUGACAGGUCUGCGCAUCGUGCGCCCGGACAGCCCGUUGGUGAAGAGCGCCGUAGAGGCCUGGGCCUCCGCUGCGGCCAUGGCGGGUGAUACCUCAGACCUAGAGCCCGAAAACCUUAGGAUGGGCCCAGCUCUCAUGUGGGACGCAGUGCAUCUGUUUGCGCGCGCCCUGGAGCGGCUGGACCAAAGCAGGAUGGUGGAGCUGCCUGCGCUGGAGUGUGACGACAAGAAGGACCAGCCCGGCGAGCGCGGACAGGCCAGCUGGGACCACGGUUUCAGCCUCCUCAACUUCAUGAGAACGACUGAGAUCGAGGGGCUGACAGGUACACUAAGAUUUGACAACCAAGGCAUCCGCACCGACUACUCACUUGAUAUCGUGGAGCUCAGCCCCGACAUGGAAAGCACCGUAACAAUCGGCAACGUAGAUCUUAACACGUUUAACCUAUCGCGGAUCGAGCGCGCUAAGGAUGAUCUGCGCCGAGAACUGGAGUCAGUGCGCAACAAGACCUUUGUAGUGCAGAUCGCUCUAUCAGAGCCUUACAACAUGCUGCAAGACUCAGCUGCAAAACUGACGGGCAACGACCGCUACGAGGGCUUCUGUAUCGACCUGAUUAAGGAGCUUGCGCUUCAGCUCGGCUUCAACUACACCUUCGUACAGCAACCAGACAACGCGUAUGGGUCCUGCAAUGCUGUCACUGAGAGAUGCACCGGAAUGCUAGGCAAGGUGCAGGACGGGGAAGCUGACCUUGCCAUAACGGAUCUGACCAUAACCGCAAACCGCGCGCUGGGCGUGGAUUUCACUGCACCGUUCAUGAACCUGGGCAUCGGGUUGUUGCACACCGUCCCGCAGCAGAUGCAGCCCAGCCUCUUUUCCUUCCUGGAUCCGUUCUCUGGCGAGGUGUGGGUGUAUCUGCUCGCCGCCUAUGUCGUCGUGUCCGUGGAGAUGUACAUCAUGGCCAGGAUCGCGCCGGCCGAGUGGACGAACCCGUAUCCGUGCAUCGAGGAUCCGGAGGAGCUCGAGAACCAGUUCAGCAUGCUCAACGCCUUCUGGUUUACGAUUGGAGCUAUUAUGCAGCAAGGUUCCGAAAUCGCUCCAAUUGCGCCAUCUACGAGGAUGGUCGCCGGCAUGUGGUGGUUUUUCUCUCUCAUCAUGGUGUCGUCCUACACGGCCAACCUGGCCGCCUUCCUCACUGUCGUGCCUACCCAGGAGCUCAUCUCAGACCCGAAACAGUUGCUGAACCAGAACAAGAUCAAAUACGGCGCAAAGUUUGACGGUGCAACCUGGAACUUUUUCGCGGCGACAGAGGACCCCACUUUCAAACAGCUGUUUGCGAACCUGGAAAAGGACGAGGACAACGAGCAAGGAUUACAACGGGUCAUCAAGUCAGAAGGCGAGUACGCCUUCUUUAUGGAGUCCUCGUCCAUCGAGUACCAGGCGCAGCGCCAGUGCGAAGUGCGCAAGGUGGGGCAGAAUCUCGACGAGAAGGGCUACGGCAUCGCCAUGCGCAAGAACGCGCCUUACAGGUCCGCGCUGUCCGCCGGCGUCGUCAAGCUGCAGGAGAGCGGCAAGCUGUCGGAGCUCCGGACACGAUGGUGGGAACAGCGGCGCGGUGGCGGCAAGUGCUCCGGGGCCCCGGAAGCGGACAGCUCGGACGAGCUCGGUCUGGACAAUGUAGGCGGCGUGUUCCUGGUCCUGGGGGUGGGCGUGUCCCUCGCCGUGCUGCUUGCCUUUGCCGAGUUGCUCUGGGACCUGGCCGCCAAGCGCCACAGCGGCGAGGUGGCGUCCUUCCGCGCGGAGCUGCUGGAAGAGCUCAAGUUUAUCCUCAAGUGCAGCGGCUCCACCAAGCCCGUCAAGAAGUCCGCCAAGUCCGACGAGGAGCAGAUCGAGGACGCGCUGAAAGAGUUCCAGCCGCUCAGCCCCUACGCCGUGGUCGAUAGCGAGGAGGGCGCUAUACAGAACCACAAGGAGCCGCUUUACUAGCGGCGUCACACCACACACCACUGUAAAUGGUGUCUUAACUGAUUAUAGUCUGGAAAAACCCUCUGCUGAAAAUAAAAAGUUCCGCAAAAGGAACGGACUUUAAACGCAGAUGACUUAAGCGGAAAAAGAAGGACGAAUUUUAGUUCAAAUAGCUAAGUGUUGUGCAUUAUUUUUUAUUUAUUUUUGUAGAAAAAAUGCGAUGUGAUUAAAAGUCGGACUGGCCUGGAAA